AUGUCUUCAAAUUGGGCUUCUUUGCUUCGGGUUUUAGCCUGUAUUGCUCUUCACAUCAGUGCCCUAUUGCUUGCUGAUCAUGACGACGUGACAAGGUACCGAGACUACGAUGACUACUGUCGCAUUAGUCACCGCGGCUGUGGUGGACGUUACGACCGUGGACCCUGGGGACGACCGGGAAGAGGCGGCCGAGGUGGUGGCAUUGUAGGCGGAGGUGGGCUUGGUGGCGGUAGAGGCAGCGGUGGGGGCCUAGGUGGCGGUGCCGGGGGAGGUUUUGGUGGUGGUACGGGAGGAGGUUUGGGUGGUGGUUCCGGAGGUGGUUUGGGUGGCGGUGGAGGACUUGGCGACGUAGGAGGCGAUGGAGUUGGGGGUGGAUCUGGUCAAGGUGGAAGUUUCGGGGCUGGAGGAGGAGUGGGUGGUGGAGCAGGGGGGGGCUGCUGGAGAGGAGGCGGCGGUGGAGGAGGAGGUGGCGGCGGCGGUCUUGGUGGUAGUUCGGGACAUGGAGGAGGUUUUGGAGCCGGUGGUGGCGUUGGGGGUGGCGUGGGAGGUGGUGUCGCAGGCGAAGGAGGGGGCGGUGGUGGCGGCGGAGUAGAUGUUGGAGGUUUGGGAGGAGGAUCUGGCCACGGAGGAAGGUUUGGCGCCGACGGUGGUGUAGGCGGUGGAGCUGCAGGUGGUGGUGUUGUUGGAGGUGGAGGAGGUGCUGGAGGAGGCGGUGGUGGCGGCCUUGGUGGUGGUUCCGGGCAAGGUGGUGGUCUCAGUGGCAGACGUGGCAGAGGAGCCGGUGGUGGAUUUGGCAUUGAGAUUGGUGUUGGUGUUGGAGUCGGCAUUGGCAGUGGUGCCGGAGCUGGGAAGGGAGUUGGAGUUGGGAGUGGCUCGGACGGAGACGGCACCGACAGAUGA